AUGUGGCUGCGGCCGAGCCCCGCGCUGCCCCCGAGACGUGGCAACGGCGCGCUGGCCGGCCGGCCGCGGGAGGCGGAGCGCGCUGUCACGCCCGCAGCACAACUCAAUCGCGGCGCCGACGCCGGCCCGGCAACACGCGUCUCUCCGUCCGUCUGUGCGCGAAGCGUCGUGUCGCGUAGCGCGAGUGUGCGUGCCGUGUCCGCGUCCACGCCGGAGCCCCUGCGACGCCGCCUCCGGCCGACGCGACGCCACCUCGCAGGCACGCAAGAUACUCCGUGCUGCGGUUUUCGCUCGCCGGGACCGAGCUGUGCUGGGGACCUAGCGCCUAUGGACGUUCUGCCACCAUGUCUGCCAGGGCGCUGUACCCAAGUUAGCGAGGAACGUCCUGCUGAGGUGGCAGAGUGAUGUGGCGCCGGCUGCUGCUGGCGGCCGCCGCCCUCGCGUCCGGCGCCGCCUCCGUCGCGCCCGCCUCGUCCUCCGCCCCCGGCGCCGGCG